AUGAGCUACAAUCCAGCGAAUAAUGAAAUUGGUGUUGUUGUCACCGACUUCGAUCAUGUUGGAUUACAAAAGGACAUCAAUGAAUCAAUCAAGAUAGCCCUUGAGGAAGAAAUUGAGCUUGUCACAUGCAGAUCUCUCACAUCUGACAAGUUUUCGGAUGCUGAGAACCUGUAUGGUAAACGGAUCUAUGCUUUUAUGGUUGUGGAAGGUUGGCACAUUCGUUACAUGCCAUUCCUAUUCAUGGUCGGCGCGCUUUGCAGUAUCUGUGCGGUUGUAGUGGCAGCUGGUGUUAGCCAGGGCCUCGAGGCUGGCUUAACAGCUGGUAGUUAUGAGCUCGGCAUUGCGACCGUCUUCCUGGCGAUAAUGACUUUCCUUAAUGCUGUUCUCUGGCUUGCUUCAAUUGCAGGUGAACUUACAGCACCCAUUGGCAUAAUAUCCAGGAAGGCCAUAGAUCGGCAAUAA